UCCCCACAAUCCCUCGAACAAUCUCCUCCGAGCUCGCGAAUCAGCCGCCGCCGCCGCCGCCGCCAUGGGCGACUACGGGAACGCGAUGAUGCGGAACCAGGAUGCGGGCGUGCAGUCCCGCGUGAAGGCGCAGAGCCGCGCCAACCUCCUCCAGCUCAAGCUGAUCGGGCAGAGCCAUCCGACGGGGCUGACGACGAACCUGCUGAAGCUGUUCGAGCCACGGCCCCCGCUCGAGCACAAGCCGCCGCUCGAGAAGCGCAAGUUGCCGGCUUACUCAGGGAUGUCGCAAUUUGUAUCGCGGUUCGCAGAGCCUGGUGACCCGGAGUAUGCUCCGCCUGUCCCCACGUGCGAGACUAGGGCUGAAAAGAAGGAUAGAAUCCAUCAACUUAAGCUUGAGGAAGGUGCAGCUAAGGUUGCUGAAGAGCUCCAGAAGUAUGACCCACAAAAUGACCCCAAUGUCACUGGAGAUCCAUACAAAACACUCUUUAUUGCACGACUUGGCUAUGAGACAUCCGAGCAGAAGGUUAAAAGGGACUUUGAAGCUUAUGGGCCUAUUAAAAGGGUACGGCUCAUUACUGACAAGGUAACAAAUAAACCUAGAGGAUAUGCAUUUGUAGAGUAUGCGCACACUCGGGACAUGAAAAGUGCUUAUAAGCAAGCUGAUGGGAGAAAAGUGGAUAACAAAAGGGUGCUUGUUGACGUAGAGCGUGGUAGAACUGUUCCAAAUUGGCGUCCUAGGAGAUUGGGUGGUGGACUUGGAUCAAGCAGGAUUGGUGGUGAAGAUGCUGCCCAGAAGCAUUCUGCUAGAGAGCAACAGAACGCUGCUGGGCGACCCAGAUCAGAAGAGCCUAGGAGGGAUGAUCGUCCUGCAGAUCGGGAUCGUGAGAAAUCUCGUGAUAGGGUACGGGAAAGAGAUCGUGACGAGAAAACUCGUGAACGCUCGCAUGACAGGACCCGUGAUCGUGAUCCAAGGGAAGAUAGACACCACCAUAGAGAUCGUGAGAGAACUCGUGAUAGGGACCGAGAACGGGACCAGGAGAGAGACCGUGGGCGUGACCGGCGGGAUAGGGAUAGGCACAAGGAUCAUGGCCGGGAUAGAGACCAGGAUAGAGACAGGAAACGUGAGCGCUCUCAUGGCAGGGGUAGAGACCGUGACAGAGAUUACGAGCGUGCAAGUCACGAACAGGACCCUGGCAGGGACCGAGAUUACAAGCGUGCGCGCCAUGAACAUGAUCGUGGUCAUUUGCAGGAGAGUGAGGCUGAUUAUGGUAAUGGUGAGCUUGGCUAUAACCAGCAUGAGCACCACAGAAGUCAUGAACAGUAUGGUUAUGGCCUAGAUGGACAUGAGCGCUCAAAGCGACAUGAGCAUUACCGGGAUGAUCCACACAGUAAAAUGGCAACCAACCAUCAGGGGCAACCUGAAAAUGCAGAACCUGCAGUCCCUGAGGAAGGGGAGGCAUAUGAAGAAGGGGACUACCAGCAUAUCCAAGUGGGUGAAUACAGGAACUAAAACUUGAUAGUUGUGGUAAGGCUUUGUUAACGCAGUAAUAUUCGUAUCAUUUCAGCUGUUCCCAGUGGUUCUCUCGCCUUUUUCUUGUUGGCACUUCCAGUCUUAUCCUACUUAUUUUUGGUGUGUUUGUUUGUUGUAUGCUAUUUGUAAUAAUUUGCUGGAUAAUGCUUGUGGUUUGCGUUCACUUGUUAGUGAUGUUCUAUGUAAUUUUGAAGCCAAUGGCCAAUCAAUGUGAACUUGUUACUUGCCUAAUGUGGAUUAAGUUUA